UUCAAGCAUAACUUAUUUAAAGAGGUGGGAAAUAUUUCUCUGCUGCAGUUGGUUUCCUGUAGUUAGAGUAAAUGGGUCAGCAUCGGUAUAUUAGCACAUUUGAAAUAUGAAGCUUGCUGUCAUCUUUCUUUUGAUUACAUGUGUCCAAUGUGCAGGAAGUCAAUUUGUGUAUCAAGAUGCCAUCAAUGACAUAUACUGUGACAAAGAAAAGGGAUACUUUUCAGCAAAUUUUGAUGGGAAUCAGGUACUGUAUGUGGACUUUGAGGACAAGACAGUAGUCAGCACAUUACCAAACUUUGUAGACCACAUAUCCUGGGACACAUUCUAUGGACUGGUAUAUUCAUACGCUUACAAUGAAAUGAAGGAAUUCCGGGAUGCCAUGGAAUAUAUUGCAGAACAACUUGGUUAUCCUCCAGAGGCAAAAGAGCCCCCGGUAAGUGUCAUGUAUGUCCAUGACGAGGUGCGUUUGGGUUCUGAGAACACCCUCAUCUGCUACGUCACUGGGUUCUACCCUCCUCGACUCACGGUGAAGUGGACCAGGAACAACAACAACGUGACACAGGGAGUGAGCUCAAGCCAGAUCCACAUAAACAACGACGGCACCUUCAACCAGUUCUCCACCCUGAAGUUCACCCCUCAAGAGGGGGACAUGUACACCUGCACUGUGGAGCACUCAGCACUGGAGGGGCCCUUGACAAGAUACUGGGAUGUUGAGGUGUCAGAGCCCAGUCUUGGUCCCUCAGUGUUCUGUGGAGUGGGUCUGACUCUGGGACUGCUGGGAGUGGCUACCGGAAUGUUCUUCUUCGUCAAGGGAAAAGAGAGUGCAGAACGAGCCCUUCAGUCUACAUAGGGAGUGGGUCCUCUUCCACGGAGUCCGUCGUGUUGCACCGCCAUCUUUCUACAGUAGCCCAGAACAGGCAAACCAAGAUACUGGCUUGACACAGGGCUUUUUUCGCAUUUUUAUGGCAUUUUACAGUCACCUUAGAUACUUGCACACACUUGUGAAGGGAAGGGUAUUCAGCUAGUUGCAAUUCCGCAACCUCACCACUAGAUGCCACUCAAGAAAUAUUGUACAAAGAUUAAGGGAAGACUACCAGAUCAAUGAGAGCAAUUGAAGUGAUAUCUGUGUAAAUCAAAGUGUACCUACUACAACUUAAAGAGUUCAAUUAAAGUUUCCUUUUUAAA